GAAAGAACGUGAGCAAUGUCGAUUCAUAUCGACUACGAUAGUCAAGCGCAGUUCACCCAUCACCGAAGUCAGUCGCUAUCGAGUCACUGUUGUGUGCGGUUGUUGUUAUCGACAUCGUUGUUGCCACUUGCGGAGGAACCUCAUCAGCAAUAUCUCGAAAUGGGUCACGAGGGAGAAGUCGUUCUGAUUCAAAACUCUGAGGACCUGAAGAGCAGACUUGAGAAAGCAGGCACCAAUUUGGUGGUUAUUGAUUUCUUUGCGGUAUGGUGUGGACCGUGCAAGAUAAUUGGUCCAAAGAUCGAAGAGCUGUCAAAGGAACUGCAGGAUGUCGUCUUUCUGAAAAUCGAUGUGGACGAGUGUGAAGAUCUUGCUGCCGAGUAUGACAUAGCCAGUAUGCCUACAUUUGUCUUUAUAAAAGAAGGCAAAGUGUUGGAGACUUUUGCAGGUGCAAAUUACGAUAAACUUAAAAGUACAAUUCAGAAACAUAAGUAAAUGACGUAUCGCGUUCUCAAGUUGAAUAAUAACGUUGAAUUAGCACUAUACAAUCAAUACAAAACAGCUCUUUGAAUAGACAAGCAACUUUCCAUUGCACGUGUUGGAAAAGGAACAGUCGAUUUGUUUUUAUUAAUAUUAUUACGGUCGUUUACGCUACGAGACUAUCGCUUUUAGAACUCUGAAUAAAGUAGCAUGCUUGUAUAAGUAUAGUAUUUGUUCGAUGUAACUAUUUGCCGUUUUGCAGUAAACAUUUUUCCAAAUAUUUAAUAAGAUAAAAAGAUAAAAUUUGAUAAGGCCUGAGACGUAUCUGCUCGGCAUUCAGAGAUAUAGACAAACUGUUGUUUGAAGAUGGUUCAACACUCGAAGAGUUGUGUAAUGACAUUUUGGCCCCUGAUUGCGUAUUUCGAUCCAUUUUAAAUCACCGGAAGUCUUGUUGUGAAAUAAAUAUUACAAAGAAUUGUAAUCUGCUUAUAUAAAUAAAUACGUAUAUAUAUGUGUA